GCAAAGGCAAAAACUCAAUCUCCUUACGGAUCUAAUAUUCGCAUGAUUGAAGCUCCAGAUAAAUUCACCAAAAGAAGUUUUUGGUUAUUAGUUGGUUUCCGUUUGUUUCGCGGAUGGUUGAUUGUCGCGGUGUUAUUUAUGUAAACAAAAUGCUGGCCCGGGUUUUACGCGUGACUUACCGGUGCCGAGCGUAAUCCUCGUAAGAACUGUCGCACGUAACAACAGUCAGGCAUUCACGCGAGCUUUACGUCGCGAAAGUCGGAUUGAUCGUCAAACUCUCAACGAAACAGAAAUGGGGGACUCUGAUGAGGAAAACGAGAAGGACCUAGCGUCUGCACUCAACAUUACUGGUUUCCUCUUCGGCAACAUCGACGACAACGGUCAGUUGGAGGAUGAUAUCUUGGAUCCCGAUGCCAAACAGCAUCUAGCUUCGCUCAGUCGUCUCGGUCUUAGCUCGUUUAUCAACGAAAUGAUGUCCAGUGACAACAAUGUGGAGGAGAAGGAGAAUAGCAAGGUGGACGAUAAGGAGAAGCAAAACAUAACUACCAAUGACACGGAUGUGGAUUACCUGGCGAAAUCACCUACUGCGCUAGAUUUCUCGGACAUAAACGAGUUAGCGGAUGACAUGAAUGAUGAAGUUUCCAAGAGUAAUGGAUUUGACAAAAAAUUAGACAAGGAAAAUGCAGAUUAUGAUGCUGAUGACGAGGAGGUUGUCAGCAAAUCGGAUACACAAUUGAUGCCACCACCACCAAUACCAGAGGAAAAGGAGACCUUGACUGCGGAGGAAGCAGAAGCGGCACGUCAACGUAAAUUGGAGACUCCUCUCGCUUCUAUGCUGCCAUCCAAAUACGCUAAUAUUGAUGUUACCGAAUUGUUUCCGGACUUCCGGGCCAACAAAGUACUGAGAUUUUCACGACUAUUUGGUCCUGGCAAGCCGAGCAGUUUGCCACAGAUAUGGAGAGGUGUAAGAAAGCGACGUAGGAAGAAAAAGCAUCAUGAUAUCAGGGACUCUGAUUCUGGUUCUGAUCAGGACGAUAAAAAGUCAAAAUUUAAGGGUUGGAUAAUGCAAUAUGGUCCUGAGCCAAGUGCAGAGACAUGUCGUUCAGAUGACGAGCACAAGUUGCUGCGACCAGUAGAAGAUAAGGAGCAGACUGGUAAGACGGGUGAGAGUGGAGAAAAUGGUGACAUGGGACCAAAAGUAGCCGAUUGGAGAUUUGGACCUGCACAAUUGUGGUAUGAUAUGUUGGAAGUACCGGAAACUGGAGAUGGGUUCAAUUACGGCUUCAAGAUUGUUGAAAAAGUGGAAGAGCAAGAAAGCACACAAGAAACUAAAGAUGAGGAGUCCACUGAUGAUGCAUUUUUGAUGGUGUCUCAAUUACAUUGGGAAGAUGACGUUGUUUGGAAUGGAGAUGAUAUAAAGCAUAAGGUGAUGCAAAAGCUGAACAGUAAAAAUAACGCUGCCGGCUGGGUGCCAUCGAGCGGCAACAGAACCGCGCAAGCCUUCAGCCAGCCUGGGAAAGGUGCCUCGGUUACCGUGGCACCUAACGUUAGACUGGCCACUUCGCAAAUUACAACGCCGUUGCACAUGCAGUCUCAAAAGAAUAAGAUGAGUAAUAAUAUGGGCAAGGGAAAUCAGCAACCGCAACGGGAGGAGGACGACACUUGGUAUUCGAUAUUUCCGGUAGAAAACGAAGAGCUCGUUUACGGUUUGUGGGAGGAGGAAGUAAUCUGGGAUCCUGAAAACAUGAACAAGGUCCCGAAACCGAAGAUACUUACAUUGGAUCCAAACGACGAGAACAUCGUUCUAGGUAUACCAGAUGAUAUUGAUCCCGCUCUUCUUCAUAAGGAAAAUUGUCCGCAGCCUAAGGUGAAAAUUCCUCAUCCACACGUCAAGAAGAGCAAGCUUCUUUUGGGCAAAGCGGGCGUUAUAAAUGUCCUCGAAGAAGACACACCUCCGCCACCGCCAAAGUCACCCGAUCGCGAUCCAUUUAACAUAUCAAACGAUACAUACUACAUGCCCAAAUCCUCAGAAACUACGUUGAGACUGAAAGUCGGCGGCGGUAAUUUGAUACAACAUAGCACACCGGUGGUGGAGCUGCGCGUUCCUUUCGUACAAACGCACAUGGGUCCAAUGCGAUUGCGAAACUUUCACAGGCCACCGUUGCGAAGGUUUAGCCAUGGGCCGUUGGCUAAUCCAGGACCGCAUAGUGUCCUGCCGCUGCUGAAGCACAUUAAGAAAAAGGCUAAGCAGCGUGAGCAGGAAAGAAUUGCUUCCGGUGGAGGCGAUGUAUUUUUUAUGAGGACACCAGAGGAUUUGACCGGGCGGGACGGCGAAUUGGUACUUAUCGAGUUCUCGGAGGAACAUCCACCGCUCAUGAAUCAAGUCGGCAUGUGUUCCAAGGUGAAAAACUAUUACAAGAGAAGAGCUGGAAAAGAUCAGGGACCGCAAAUAUACAGAUAUGGAGAAACGGCGUAUGCUCACACCAGUCCCUUCCUGGGAAUUCUCACGCCUGGUCAGAGUAUUCAGGCUGUUGAGAACAAUAUGUACAGAGCUCCCAUUUACGAGCACAGAAUCCCUGAAACGGAUUUCUUAGUUAUAAGAACGAGACAGCAAUAUUAUAUUAGAGAAAUGGACGCCUUGUUUGUUGCCGGACAGGAAUGCCCGCUUUACGAAGUGCCUGGACCAAACUCGAAGAGAGCAAAUAACUUUGUACGAGAUUUUCUACAGGUGUUCAUAUACAGAUUGUUCUGGAAGUCGCGCGAUACUCCCCGACGAAUUAAGAUGGACGACAUAAAGAAAGCCUUUCCAUCUCACAGCGAGAGCAGUAUCAGAAAAAGAUUGAAACUCUGCGCGGAUUUUAAGAGAACCGGUAUGGAUUCUAAUUGGUGGGUAAUAAAACCGGAUUUUCGAUUGCCAACGGAAGAGGAAAUCCGCGCUAUGGUAUCGCCAGAGCAGUGUUGCGCAUAUUUCAGCAUGAUUGCGGCCGAGCAGCGUCUGAAAGAUGCCGGAUACGGUGAGAAAUUCUUAUUCACUCCACAGGAUGACGAUGACGAAGAUAUGCAACUAAAAAUGGACGACGAGGUAAAGGUAGCUCCGUGGAAUACGACGCGCGCCUACAUCCAGGCCAUGAAAGGAAAGUGUCUACUACAAUUGGCAGGUCCGGCCGAUCCGACUGGCUGUGGCGAAGGUUUCUCUUAUGUCAGAGUGCCGAAUAAACCGACUAUUAGCAAGGAGGAGCAAGAAGCACAACCGAAAAGAACUGUGACCGGCACGGACGCGGACUUGAGGAGAUUGUCCUUAAAUAAUGCGAAAGCGUUGCUGCGAAAGUUCGGCGUACCCGAAGAAGAGAUCAAAAAGUUGUCGCGUUGGGAAGUAAUCGAUGUGGUGCGAACUUUAUCAACAGAGAAAGCGAAAGCCGGCGAGGAAGGCAUGACAAAGUUUUCGCGCGGCAAUCGUUUUUCAAUUGCCGAGCAUCAGGAACGUUACAAGGAGGAAUGCCAACGAAUCUUUGACUUACAAAAUCGCGUGCUGUCAUCGAACGAAGUGCUGAGCACGGACGAAGGCGAGAGCUCGGAGGAGGACAGCUCGGAUAUCGAAGAAAUGGGUAAGAAUAUAGAGAAUAUGUUGUCAAAUAAAAAGACUAGCACACAACUGUCACUGGAGCGGGAGGAGCAGCAACGGCACGAGUUACGGAAAAUGCUGAUGGGCGAAGCGCAAGAACAGGAGAGCAAGAAGAGCAAGGAAAGCAAAAAGAAAGACGAAGAAGAGGACAGCCCGGUUAAUUUCAAUGCGCAGCAGGGUCGCGUAUUAAAAAUCUACCGCACGUUCCGUAAUCCGGAGGGUAAAGAGUACACACGAGUUGAGUUGGUGAGGAAACCCGCCGUGAUCGAUACGUACAUCAAGAUCCGUAACUCGAAGGACGAGUCGUUUAUCAAACAGUUUGCCACGUUGGAUGAGGCGCAGAAAGAGGAAAUGAAACGGGAAAAACGUAGGAUUCAGGAGCAGUUGCGACGGAUCAAGCGAAACCAGGAGAGAGAACGUAUGUUGGGCGGGCCGUCUAACAUAGUAAACGGCAGUAGUAUCAACAAUUCGAGCAAUAACAUAUUCGAUCGCAGCAAUACUAAUACUCCAACUACCACUUCCUCAACUAGUAUCCUUCCAUUCUGUAAUAAUUUCCCAUCCUCUAUUUCUUCCACUCCUGCACCUAAACAUCCUAAACCGGAGGUAUCACCUCCCAAGCGCAAAAAGCCUAAACUCAAGCCAGAUUUGAAACUUAAAUGCGGCGCUUGUGGUAAUGUCGGCCACAUGCGCACCAACAAGGCAUGUCCACUUUAUCAAAACAGCAUUGCCACCGCACCGGUAAAUGUUGCGAUGACUGAAGAACAAGAAGAGGAAAUCGAGAAGCAGUUGAAUACUGAUGAUCAGGAUCUAGUUAAUGUCGAUGGUACUAAAGUAAAGCUGUCGUCGAAACUGAUUAAGCACGCCGAGGAGAUGAAGAGGCGUACAUUGUUGCUGAAAGUGCCGAAGGAAGCGGUGAAUUCAAAGAAACGCAGGAAACCACCUACAGACGACCACUGCGAUUAUUUGAAACGCCAUCAAAGGCCAGUUAACAGGCGUAGAACUGAUCCGGUUGUCGUGAUGUCGACAAUGUUGGAGAGUAUUGUGAACGAAUUGAGAGAGCUACAGGAUGUACAACCGUUUCUGUUCCCAGUUAAUCCUAAAGCUGUGCCCGAUUAUCACAAAAUCAUACAGCGACCCAUGGAUCUGCAGACAAUACGAGAAAAUUUGAGAUUAAAAAAAUAUCAAAACAGAGAGGAAUUUCUUGCUGAUGUUAAUCAGAUUAUGGAGAACUCAGCGCUCUAUAACGGUGCGAAGAGUUCGUUGACUAUGGCUGCUAAAAAAAUGUUAGAUACGUGCGUCGAGAGGCUCGGCGAAAAAGAAGAUCGUUUGAUGAGGCUGGAGAAAGCCAUUAAUCCUCUUUUGGACGAUGAUGAUCAGGUUGCUCUUACUUUUAUUUUGGACAACGUUAUUAAUAACAAAUUGAAAUCUAUGACAGAAGUGUGGCCAUUCAUGAAACCUGUGAAUAAAAAAAUGGUGAAAGAUUAUUAUAAUAUCGUUAAGAGGCCAAUGGACUUGGAAACGAUAUCUAAAAAAGUUUCUGCGCACAAAUAUCAUAGUCGUCACGAAUUUCUUAAAGAUAUCGAACAGAUCUUAGAGAACUGUGUGAUUUAUAAUGGCAAAGAAUCUCAACUUACAAAUAAAGCAGAGUUGCUGGUUAAAGUCUGUAAAGAUACCUUGGAUGAGUACGAUGAACAUCUUACGCAAUUGGAAAACAAUAUAUUACUUGUCCAAAAACGAGCGAUGGAACAGGCGGACAUAGAUUCUUCGUGGCUCUGUCCAGAUGAAGAAAAUUAUACUAUCGCGGAACCUGAAUACAGAGGCAGCCAGACUAGUUCUCCAGAGAUUCCAUUUAGCAAAUCAAAUAUAGAUGACGCCGAUUUUGUCGACAUAGAAGGAGAGAUGGAAGCAGAUAUGGAUAGGAACUCGAAAAAGAAGGAUGUGCUCGAAGAAGAUCUUCAAUUCUCCAGUGAAGAUGAGUUCGAUGAAGUGCCUUUUGGCACGGACGAACAGUCUGAGCAGAACGAAACUGAGACACUGGAGUUGAGCGAGAUCAGAGAGGAAGGUGUUGUAUUAGCGGACGAUGACAGUCAACAAGCCGCCGAGGCCAUGGUCCAGUUAGGCAACGUUGGUUUUUAUAUGGGCGAACAGCAAUUGCUUCAACAAGAUGAAAGUAUGGACGUCGAUCCAAAUUAUGAUCCGUCAGACUUCCUAUUGGCCGGUUUACCGGCCAGAGAUGAUAAAGGCGACAAUAAGAUCCAGGAUGACCUGGCCGUUUCCGAAAGCGACGACGACGCCGAGAACACUAAGCAGGAAGCACAGCAAAAUCAGCAACAGCAACUGCUGCAACCAGAUGAAGAUGUCGGCGGUGAUUUAUGGUUUUAA